GAAUUAGCGUUACUGGUGUCAGCAUUUGUGAGAGCUGGCCGAUAUUUCUCUGAUUUUCACGUUGCCAGAGCCCAAAGAGGUCAACAGAUUCUUCAGUUUCACAGCAAAUCUUUUCUUCCGAUGGAUCCGCAACACCACCAGAAAUCGGAACCGGAGCUCCAGGUUCCGUCCUUGGAUCCGCUUCGUAUCCAACCCUCUUCUCCACGUGUCCCUUUGACCACCCUCGACUCCGGUGCCCAGCGCCGCGUCGCCAUCGCCGUCGACUUAAGCGACGAGAGUGCUUACGCCGUCCGAUGGGCCGUUCAGAACUAUCUUCGUCCGGGAGACUCCGUCGUUCUCCUCCACGUCCGUCCGACAUCCGUUCUUUACGGAGCCGACUGGGGAUCCAUCAAACUCCAAAUCAACCCUAAUUCCACGAAUAAUCACGAAAGCGCCACGGCCAUCAGCGGCGAGCAACCCGACGCGGAGUCGCAGCAGAAGCUCGAGAACGAUUAUGACGUUUUCACGACGACGAAGGCGAACACGCUGGCGCAGCCUUUAGUGGAUGCUCAGGUUCCGUUCAAAAUCCACAUAGUGAAAGACCGUGACAUGAAAGAGAGGCUGUGUUUGGAAGUUGAGAGGUUAGGGUUGAGUGCGGUGAUCAUGGGGAGCAGAGGAUUCGGAGCCGUCAGGAGACCCAAGAAAGGAAGGCUAGGAAGCGUUAGCGAUUAUUGCGUCCAACACUGCAUUUGUCCGGUGGUGGUGGUCCGGUACCCAGAGGAGGAAGAGAACGGGGUAACGAAGAAAAGCAUUGUUGGAGAAGAUGUAGAGCUGCAGCCUGUGCCUGAAGAGGAACCAGAGUACCAUGAUGCAGAAGAAGGGCAUACAGAUGCUUAAUAUGACUCAGAGCAACAACGAAUGCCUUCUUAUUCAGCAAAGGAUGAAAAGCAAUCCAAAAUUUGAAGACUUUGUGGUGGCAAAAGAAGUGUGAAAAUGUUGUGUGGUGAUGAUCUUUGUGCUUUGUAUAGAUGGAUAGUAAUAGGGCUCUUGGUUUUUCUGUGUACUUCCUGUUAAUUGCUUUGUUUCGACAAUUAACUGUUCAAUGCCUAUGUAUAUGGUUUGCUGCACUCGGUUUCUCUCUGUUUCUUAGUAAUAAGGUUCAUUCC